AUGACCUCCUCGCCGCGCUCUGGCACCGUGCCGCCACCACCACCGACAAAACUCCACCCGGCGCACACACUGCUCUCGCGCGCGCACUCGCCCGACACGGCCUCGCGCAUCUUCACCGACAAGGUCAAGAACAAGCCGCUCCUCCUGCAACCCACGUCGUCGGCGGACCGGGACAAGCGCGCCCUGCGCCGGCGCAUCCGCCUCCGCAAGAAGGAAUACUACCUGCGCAAGCGCAAGCCGAAGCCGCUGAGCGCGAGGGAGAAGAGGGAGCUCGGGCUCCUCACGCUGAAGAAGGAGGAGGUCAAAUACGACAUCUACAAGGGCCUGCAUGAGCUGUGGACGGGGUACAUGCUGGAGAUCCUGGGGUUUGUCAAGGACGGCCAGACGGUGCAAAAGGGCGCGCUGGCGAACGUGGUGACCGCGCAGAGCCACGGCUCGAUCCUGGCGAGCGCCGACUUCCACGGCGCCGAGCUCGAGGUGGUCGCGUGCUCGGACGCCGGUAAAGUGGGCAUCAGGGGACUCGUGGUCAGAGACACAAAGUACACCUUUGUGGUCGUCACGGCCAAGGACGAGGUCAAGACGCUGCCAAAGAGGGAUACCGUCUUCCGGUACGAGAUACCGCUGCCGGAACGUGAGAGUGACUCUCGGAACGACGACCCUCGUGAAGAGGAAGUCAAAGACAAAGAAGACACCAAGGGGUCAAGAAUGCUCGUGUUCGAACUACACGGGAACCAAUUCGAGUUUCGCCCGGCCGAGCGAGCGAACCGCAAGUUCAAGUGGAAGGCCAUGGAUUACUUGUGA